CCACCUUUUCUUAUCUUCCCCUCCCCAUUAUUUUCUCGGCCCCCUUUUUUGUUCUUUAGAUUUAUUCCUUCUUCUUUUCCUUUUUCUUCUUUCUUAUGUUUGAUUGUUUUCGAGAGAUCUACGACAGAUUUGUUCUUUGAUAUGGCGGCGAUGCAAUUGGGAAAAUUUGUAUGACUUUCUUCAAGGGGUGAGGGUGAAGCCGCCGCAGCAGCCAUGGCCACGCCUGUUGAAAAGGUAAAAGUCGAGGAAGGAGAGCCCGGCGACAAGGCCAACGCGCUAUCCCGAAAGAUUGACCGGUUGGCGCGCAUCAUUGAGUUCACCGAGUUCGCUCAGCAACCUGACGCGGUUCGCCGAACCGUUCGUUCCCAGUACUCCUCGAUUCAGAACAUCAUCAACGAGAGAAGCUAUGACAUUGGGAACUCUGAAUCAGAGAGGUUCAAGAAAAUCUUGGGCGACGUUGAAGGCUUGUUUCGGAGUGUGGCAAGGCCACGUGAACAGGUGGCGGAUGCAGAAACGGUGUUUGGACUUAUCGGCACAUUGGUGGAUUCUGUCAAGUCUCAUCUUAAGGGAAGUGUUACACCGGCAGAAUUCGUGUCCUGUUUUCUUAAAAACUAUGGGAAAAAAGGGGGAAGUCGUAAGAAUGCAGGGCAUGAAGUACCCUGGAAAGAAAUUGGGUGUGUUGUUUCACCUGUUUUCAUGGAUGGUUCUGGUUGCAAGACAAUGCUUGGGCCAAUGAAUUAUAAGAUUAAGCUUGAACAAGUGGAUUAUAAGAUCAAGCCUGAAGCAUUGAAUUAUGUUAUCAAUCUAAGAGGGAUCAGAAAUCUGAGAAAUGAGAUUAAGAGGGCAAGACGUACUGCAUAUGCUUGCCCAACAAAGAUCUCCAAUAGCACUCCUGAGUGGAAAUCCAAUACCGAAAGGAAUGUUUUUUUAAUGUUUGAGGUUGUUGAAAAGAAGAAAAGUGUUAAGCUUGAAAAUCUUGUCCUGAACAAAAUUUCCUAUGCUCAGACCAUUGAAAACAUAUUUGCGCUUUCCUUCCUGGUUAAAGAUGGCAGGGUUGCUAUAAGCCUGGCAGAGAAUGGCUCCCAUUUCGUCUCUACAAGGUCUGCGGGAGCAUGUCCGGUUCCUCCCAGCAAUGCGGUUAACCAAACUUCUAUCUUCAGAUUCGAUUACAUAGAUUGGAAGAUGAUGUUAGAUUUUGUGCCCGAAGGUGAAGAGCUGCUGAUGCCACACAGGGUUUCCUAGAGGACUGAGUACCCAUUACAAGUGCCACCAACACUUUUUGUCUGUAAAAUAUAACUCAUUUGUCGGGAACCCGACAAUGUAUAGCGUUUUUUGUGUUGUAAGUUGAUGCAUCUUUAAACAGGUCUCCUUCCCAUAUGGAGAUUUCUUUGUCUUUGGCCACCUGCUGCUGAAGCUGCCGCCAUCCAGUUCUCAAGCCGCUGAUGUUUUUUUGUAAGUAAGCUUUAUUUGCUGAAUGAAUGGCGGUGGUUGGGUUUUUUGCAUUCUCUCAGCAGAGUAUGAGAUGCUAUGUAAAUUUAGGGAUGCUGCUAUGUAAAUUUUGGGGAAAAUAUGAUGAAAUUUGAUCAUGGCUUAAAUUUAGUAUUUUGAUUCACUCAAAAUAAGAACAUAAUAUAACCCUUAUGCCCGAAAUAAGAGUGAAAAGGUUUU